AUGCCAACCAACAACCCGUUCAGCACCCGCCAAGUCUGCAACUACUAUUACAAGGCCGUCACGGAUUCUCAAGAUGAGCCGACUCCGUACUUUCGCUGUCAGUGCUCCGUCGUUAGAAAACAAGCUUCCAAAACCGGCUACAGCAACCUGUUCGACCAUGUCCUGAAGCGCCACCCGGACUUCGUGGCGACCAUGAUGGCCAGCGGCACCAACACGGCUACCCUAGUAAGCUUCAUCGACCAGAAGUCACAGACGGUCUUCUGCUGGCUGGAUUGGACCACGGCCUGCAACCUGCCAUUUUCGAGGAGCGAGGAUCCCAUCGUGGCCAAGUACACGAACUUGGAGCACCUUUCGUCGGAGACGCUGCUGAAGUACGCCCAUUUGGUCGUGCGACAGGCCGAGAUUGAAAUCGACAAGGUGCUGUUGGCGUUUGCGCCUUUGAUUGACGGCGAGGUCACUGACAACUCCUCCGCGAGCCACGUCAUGUUCCUCGAAGGGAUCCUCCCGUUCUUUGAUCGAGACAUCUCUAAUGUUGUCUACCUCGUCGGUGACAACUGUGCAGUGAAUGCAAGCUCGCGGACCUUCUGGAAAAAAGCACUUCGUUGCGGCCGGUGCUACACGCUGGGACUCGAGAUGAUCAAGCGCCUUUUCGCUAUCAAGGACUUCAUUGACACGUCUGAUGACGAGCUGGCGGAGCUCAUACUGACCCGCCACGAGGAGAACAAGCUGCGCGCUCUUGGCGACGAUCACCGCGAGUUCAAGUCGGCGUCUAAGAAUCUGCAGAGCGACGAAGAUGUCACGCUGCUCGAUGUGCGUGACAUUUUCGAUGCCCUGAUCGAGCGCCACCCUGCGGUCGCGCAGUACCUUGCCGCCGACGCGGCUAUCGUGAAGAGCCCGGCGUUUGAAAACGCCUGCGUCAAGGUGUUGCUCGGCAAGGAGGCGGAGCUGACAGUGGACGAGCAGAAGCUGCUAAGCCCGUUUGCUGUGCGCGCUACAGGGCGCGCCAGUGCUGACGCCAGCGAGGACGAGAACGACCGUGCAGGGUUUUGCUGA